AGUUUCCUGUGUUUGUGGUCUAAGUGUUACUUAUUUUGUGAGGGCCUGAAUGAUGUUAGUUCAUGUUAUGUCUUCUGAGUGGGUAAAGUGGGAGGGACUUAGAGAAGCCAGAGAAAGAUGAGUGGCAGUAAUCAGUGGAGAAUUAGUGAAAAGAUGAAGCUUCUUCUGAGCAGUCUGCUGCUGGGCUCUCUCUGUGCCAUCUCAUCUCGCAGUGCUUCAUCUACAGACAUUGUGACCCAGACCCCUGAUGUUUCUGUCACGGAGGGCGACGCUCUAAACAUCACCUGCUGCUUCAACUCGAUGGCUGAAAGAAUUAAGUUCUACUGGCAGAAAAAUCUGAAAGAAAUUGGGAAUCAGGUCAUCUUCGUGAAUUAUCGGUCUCAUUCCUGUUCAACUUUGACCUUUACAUAUAUAAAAAUAGAGGAUUCAGGGAAAUACAUCUGCAACGUGAAUGCGGAGAUACCGUUUCGUGUCCAGAUGGAAGGAAAUGGUACCGUCAUCACAGUUGUGCCCAGAGGGAUCAGUGAUGGCAACACAGUUCUGCACACAUUUGGCGAUGGUGCCUGGAAGGAAGUGAUGAUUUACACCCUGAGGUGCCUUCCCAUCAUUGCCAUUAUCAUAACCUCCUUCUGCAUCUACAGAUGGAAGGUUAAAGCUCAACAACAACUACCAGAUACCCCUGGCAAUCGGGACACUUCAGCCCAAAGAAUAGAAUUAGAGGAAAGAGAUGAAAUAAAUGGAAGCAGCAAGACAAGUGGAUGAAGUCAGAUGAGGCUGCAAACUGUUAACUGUAAUUCCUCGUCUUCUCCCUGGACUACUGUCACGACAAAAGAAACAAAUCUCACGCUCAUUUGAUUCAAUAUUCACCAGCAACACUUGUUGAGAACUUCUGCAAACUUCUGCAAAACAUAUAAAUAAAAAAUGAUGCUCUGUAUCUUGAAUUUUA